UCUGAUCUUAAGUCUGAUCUCAUUCUUCCAUCUUUCCUUAACCGAAGCAGAAACAAGAUGGAGUCCACAGAUUUCCCUCUUUAUACAACAUUUGAAAAGCCUUGUCUAAAAAUAACCAGAGGUUUUGCCUGCAUAUAUUUUACUGGAAUUUUGGCUCUUGUUUUCUAUCGCAUUAGUUAUAUGCCAAGAGAAGAUUAUUUUCCAUGGAUUAUGGUGUUUGCUGCAGAGCUGGGGUUUGCCUUCAUUUGGGCAUUAGAGCAGGCCUUCAGGUGGCGACCUGUGACUCGAUACACUUUCCCAGAAAGGCUUUCUGAGAGGUUUGAAAAUGAUCUACCACCUGUUGAUAUAUUUAUAUGUACUGCUGAUCCAAUUAGAGAGCCUCCAAUGAAUGUUGUAGAUACUGUACUGUCCACUCUGGCUCAUGAUUAUCCCACAGAAAAACUGUCAUGUUAUGUGUCUGAUGACGGAGGAUCUGCACUUACCUUCUACGCUCUGUUUGAAGCUUCGAUGUUUGCAAAGAUUUGGGUUCCUUUCUGCCACAAAUAUUUCAUCCAACAGAGGUGUCCAGAUGCAUACUUUUCAGAAAGUGAUGCUCACCAAAAUAAGAGUUUGUUGUUUGCAACUGAGUGGGAAAAGCUCAAGACAAUGUACGAAGAGAUGAAACAUCGUAUAAAUAGCACUGUGGAGACGGGCAUUGUUCCAGAAGCCAUGCGCAAUCGGCAUGAUGGGUUUAGGGAAUGGAGUUCAGGGAUCACUUUGGGAGACCAUCACAGUAUAGUUCAGAUUUUGCUAGAGAAGGGAAAGGAUGGUGGCGUUUAUUUCCCCCGUCUUGUAUAUGUGUCUCGUGAAAAGCGACCUGGAUGCCCACACAAUUUUAAGGCCGGUGCUCUCAAUGUUCUGAUUAGAGUUUCUGCUUUGAUGAGCAAUGCUCCAUUCAUUCUUACAUUGGAUUGCGAUAUGUAUGCCAACAACUGUAAAGCACUUCGUGAAGCUAUGUGCUUUCUCAUGGACCCUCAAACUGGUCAUCAGUUUGGGUAUGUCCAAUUUCCCCAAAGGUUUCAUGGCAUUACAAAAUAUGAUUUGUAUGCCAAUCAUCUCAAGAGAAUUUUCGAUAUACAAGGUAAAGGUAUAGAUGGAGCAGAAGGUCCAAUCUACGUGGGCACAGGAUGUGUGCACCGUAGGGAUGUUCUAUGCGGAAGCGAGCCACAAAAUGUAAUUAAAGCAUCCAUUGAAUCUGCAAAUUUAGAAGUGGAAAAAGAAUGUUCAUCCGAGAUAUUAAAUAAGGCAACGACACUUGCCAGUUGCACUUACGAGGAGAACUCACUUUGGGGCAAAAAGGGAGGUAUUAAGGAUAAACUUCUUAUUGAGAGGAUUGUUGUUAGGGAUGGAGUUCCUAGUAUUGAUGAUAGCAAUGAUAGGGAAAUGGUCAAAUAA